AUGGCGGUGGGCAAGAACAAGCGCCUUACAAAAGGUGGCACAAAAGGAGCUAAGAAGAAAGUGGUUGAUCCCUUUUCUAAGAAAGAUUGGUAUGCUGUGCAGGCAUCAGCUAUGUUCAAUAUCAGAAAGAUUGGGAAAACACUAGUCACCAGGACUCAAGGAACCAAAAUUGCAUCUGAUGGCCUCAAGGGUCGAGUUUUUAAAGUGAGCCUUGCUGAUCUGCAAAAUGAUGAGGUUGAACAGAUCUGCAUUUUAUCCUGGCUUUUAGGCGACCUCAUCCUAUUUCUCUACUGGGAAAGAAAAUUCCACUUCACAUUUACCCAUGGAUGA